CAGGCCGGUGGGUGUUUUUUCAGGGUUCGAGUUAAACUCUACAGGACAACGGAUCAACGUUCCCCAGAACUGGUCCGGCCAUUCUGGCAGUUCCAGAUGGCCAAUCCGCCCACGAUAGGGAUACUCCCAGUUUACUUUCACUUUAUAGUGGAAACUGGAUCAAAAGAAUGAAGAUUUUCUUUGAUGUUUUUGUAGUGGUUGUAGUGUUUUUACUCGGACACGGUGCUUCAGAUGGAGUGUCAGUGAAAGAGGGAGAUUCAGUCACUCUGAACACAAAUGUUCAAACAAAACAUCAAGAAGAUAUUAAAUGGUAUUUCAACAGCACUCGCAUCGCUCAGAUCAGUGGAGAUCUCAGUAAGAUCUGUACAGAUGUUCAGUGUAAUGAAGGUAAUGAGAGAUUCAGAGACAGACUGAAGCUGGAUCAUCAGACUGGAUCUCUGACCAUCAUGAACACCAGAAACACAGACUCUGGAGGAUAUAAACUAAAGAUCAUCUUCAGCAGCAGCGACAGUGAAAAGAUCUUCAAUGUUACUGUCAAUGGAGUUUCUUCUGCUGAACAAGAUGAAGUGAAGAGAAAGUCAGUGAAUGAGGAAGAAUCUGUUACCUUAGAUCCUGGCGUAAUAAGAAACCCAAAUGAUGUGAUCAGGUGGUAUUUUAAUGAGAUUCUCAUCUCUGAAAUCACUGGAGAUCAGAGUAAGAUCUGUACAGAUGUUCAGUGUGAUGAGAGAUUCAGAGACAGACUGAAGCUGGAUCAUCAGACUGGAUCUCUGACCAUCACAAACACCAGAAACACAGACUCUGGAGAAUAUAAACUGCAGAUAAUCAUCAACAACAGCAGCUUCAGCAUCACCAGACUGAAGAGAUUCAGUGUUACUGUCACUGCUGUUCCAGAUUCAGAUCUGUCUUCAGGUGUUGUAGCAGGAAUAGUUGUUGCUGUUCUGUUGGUGUUUGCAACUGCUGCUGGUGCUGUGGUUUACUGUCACCGCAGGAGACAUACAGCAGUACCACAGAAUGAGGAUGAUGAUGGUAACUCACCACCUGAUCCAAAUGGCAUUCCUUUGAAGGAGGACACAUCCUAAAAUCAGCCUCAGGCCGAGUAAAACAGCCUCAGGCUAGUAAAACAAUCUAACAUCAUUUAUAAUUUUGAUACUUUGAUCGAAAGGGACACAAAGGGAAUUAGGAAGUGAUGUAGAGAAGAGGAUCAGUUGAAACACUCUUCAAGAGUGAUCCUAAGAUUUCAGUAGUCAGUACCAAUACCAGUAAAAAAACAAACAAACACUGAAACCAGUUUAAAUAUGACAUCAAAAACUGAUAAUCAAGUUUACAUUUAGCCUUAAACAGUAUAUGAGAAAUAAUAAGCAACACAGCAGCAAUAUAUCAGUGAGUGCUUGAUGUAUUUUAAAGCUGCCAAAGUGACUCAGACAGAAACAGUGACUCAUCAUCAUCUCCGUUUCAUUUAUUUUGCACUAUAUAAACUUAAUGCACUGAUCUGGCUUGAAAUAUCGAUCAUUAUUUCCAUCUGUUUAUGCCAGUGGCGUCAGAAAAACUAAAAAAAAAAAAAAAAAAAAAAAAAAAUAUAUAUAUAUAUAUAUAUAUAUAUAUAUAUAUAUAUAUAUAUAUAUAUAUAUAUAACCCAUUUGGCAGACAGUUCCCCUUAUUUUAAUCAUAAACUUUGUUUUGAUAAUUUUGAUAAUUUUUUUCAAACUUUAACAUCUUUAAUUUUGAUUCUCAAAUUAACAUAUCUUGAAUUAAGAAUGUUACAAUAGAAUUGUGAUAUUGCAAUUAUGGAAAAUGAAAAGGCAAGAUUUAAGUGCAGCAGUAUGUUUAAAGGGUCAUGAAACCCCCCUGUUUUACCCUGGUCGUUCACACCUCUGAGCUGCAAAAACUCUGUAAAAAUGGGCGUGUAAAGCUCUGGAAAAGUGGUAGUGUAGAGGGGGGGAAGAAGGGAG